AUGCAGGGCAUCAUCGCGGCGCUCUCCGGGCAGCACCCGCGCGUGCGCAUCCAGGUGAGCGGCGACGUCGUGGCCGCGGGCGCCGGCGACGACAAGCUGCUGGCGGAGAUGCUGGCCCUGGCGCGCGGGCACGCCGAGUCGCAGCAGGCGCUCGCGAGCCCGUCGCGGCCGCGCCCGACGCACGGCCACGGCACGCGCGCGGCGCGGGGCGGCGCGGUGAUCCCGCCGAGCACGCUGGACCAGGUGCAGCAGCGGCCCAGCACCAACCGGCGGCACAAGGGCAUCACGUACGUGGCGUCCGCGGGCAAGUGGCGCGCGCAGAUCAAGGCCGGGGACCGCGCGGUGUACCUCGGGUCGUACGAGCAGCAGAGCAAGGCCGCGGAGGCCUACGACGCCGCGUGCUACGUGCUCGGCCUGCCCGUGGAGAACUUCCCGGGCAAGCGGCCCGACGUGAGCUACAUCCGGAACGAGUCCGCGAUGGCGCGCCUGCUGGCCGCCAAGAGCAAGACCAGCUCGGGCGCGGCGCUGCCCCCGGGGCUGGGCGCGGCGCCCAAGGGCCGGAAGCGCGGGCGUCCCGUGACGGGCGGCGGCAGCUCCAACGCCCUGGCGCGCGCGGGCGCCUCGGCCACGUCCUCGGAGCCCGAGAACGCGUCGGACCCCGCGGCGGCCGAGGCGCAGAAGAAGUUCCGCACCGAGGACGCCCCCACGGCGUUCGAGUCGACGUUCGACGCCAUCCUCUCCGCGGCGCGCUCGCGCAUGCGCGGCGAGUCCGGGGACGGGCGCGGAACGGGCACGGACCCCGGCACGGACGGGGAGCGGCGGCAGGGCGACGGGCCAAACUCGGGGCACGGCGGCGACGGCGGCGACGACGGCGGCGACGACGGCGGCGACAAUGGCGGCGACAAUGGCAGCGACCCCCCGAGCGGCCGGGACAGCAGGCGGAGCCAGGGCAGCGCGGAUGGGCGCGGCCAGAAGCCCGCCUCGGACCAGAAGCCCAACGGGGAGCAGCCGCGGCAGGAGGGGGAGUCGAAGCCGCACCCCCGCGACGCGGCCGAGGCGGCCCAGGGGCGGGCGGACAGCGGCUCGUACAACGCCCUGAAUUCGUCGUGGUCGUCCGGCCCCGCCACGAAGCGCCCGGGUGCGGGUAACGCCCUGCUGGGCCUCCCCACGGAACACAUGGGCGCGGGCACGACCAAGAUCGACCCGCAAGACUAG